AUGUUCAUUAAUUACAACAAGAAGAAGAAAGUUUCAAAGAGGAAGAAGAAAUCAGUUUCUCACAGUUCUCAACUUCCUCCUCCUCAAAUUCCUCCUGUCCAAGCAAAUGAACAAACAUCACAGCCUGCUAAUGGAGAUGAUGCUGACGAUAAAGGAAACUUUGUUCCUUUUAGUAUAAUUUUAGAUAUUUGCACCAUGGAGAGCCAUUAA